AUGAGGAAAAUACUUAGGCAAUUCUGGAAAGAUUACAACACCUACAACUGCAUUAAGAGCCUUGCUUGGGCUUGGGGGGAUGUCACCAAGGAAUGUAUGAAUAGGGUUUCAAAGAAAAUACCCGAGGACUUCAUCCAUGACUUCAAAGGUUUUGCCAAGCAUGAGGACGUUGCAAAAAUCAACAAUACUGCAGUUGAGAUGGCAAAUGAUUUUAACUUGGAUGUGGCUGAGGAUGACAUUGAGGAGCUCUGUGAGGAAAAUGUGGAGGAAGAAGGCAGUGGCAUUGAUGAUUCUGACCUUGUCUAUAGUGACACUAGCAUAUUCAUCACUCUAAACACUGCCAACUUCCUGGAGUUCACUAAGUUCCAGAAUGUGUACCAUUGCUCGUCUAUCCCAUUUUAUACAGUUGGGCUUCUGAGCCCAACUCAGUACCUUCUAUGCGUUAUCUUAAAGCUGUCUCCAUUGUGCUUUUUUUAUCCUUCCUCAAGCAGACCCCAGGCAGUGGACCCGAGGAACAGCAGCACAGUGACAGAGUUUAUCCUCGUGGGCUUUGAGCAGAGUUCCCCUUCCACUCGGGCACUGCUCUUUGCCAUCUUCCUAUCCUUCUACAGCCUUGCCAUGGCCAUGAAUGGCCUCAUCAUCUUCAUCACCUGGACAGACCCCAGGCUCAACAGCCCCAUGUACUUCUUCCUGGGCCACCUGUCUUUCCUGGAUGUCUGCUUCAUCACCACCACCAUCCCACAGAUGUUGAUCCACCUGGUGGUCAAGAACCACACUGUCUCCUUUGUGUCUUGUGUGACCCAGACGUACUUGGUCUUCAGUGUAGGUGUGGCUGAGUGUAUCCUGUUGGCUUUUAUGGCCUAUGACCGUUAUGUAGCUAUUUGUCACCCACUUAGCUAUGCCCAGAUCAUGAGCCGGCAGGUCUGUGUCAGGCUAGUGGGUGCAGCUUGGUUCUUUGGGUUGAUCGAUGGCAUCCUGCUUGAGUAUAUGUCAUUCCGGAACCCCUUCUGCAAAGAUAACCGCAUAGAAAACUUUUUCUGUGAGGCCCCCAUAGUGAUCGCUCUCUCCUGUGGGGACCCGCAGUUCAGCAUGACGGUGAUCUUUGCUGAUGCCAUCGUGGUGCUGCUCAGUCCCAUGGUGCUCAUCGUGACUUCUUAUGCUCGCAUCUUGGCCUCCAUCCUUGGCAGAGCCUCCUCCUCAGGUCGGGGGAAGACUUUCUCUACUUGUGCCUCCCACCUGACUGUGGUUGUCUUUUUCUACUCCUCGGCCAUGUUCUCUUACAUGAAUCCCCGCAGCACACAUGGACCUGACAAAGACAAGCCUUUCUCCCUCCUCUACACCAUCAUCACCCCCAUGUGUAACCCCAUCAUCUACAGUUUCCGUAACAAGGAAAUGAAGGGAGCCAUGGUGAGGGCCCUUUGGAGAACCAGCCAGGCCCAGGCAGAGUCUGUAUAG